UUGUGUUAAGUAUUCCCCAUUUCAAAUAUGGUAAAUCAUACUGUUGUUUUAUCAAUCUUUGUGCCUUUAGUUUUCACAUCAUUAAUUACCUUAGUGUGUGAUGCUAUUGAAAGUGGCGAUGAAAGUAGUAAACUUUACAUCGUGUACAUGGGCUCACUUCCUAAGGGAGCAUCAUAUUCCCCAACCUCUCACCAUAUCAGCUUGUUGCAACAUGUUAUGGAUGGUAGUGACAUAGAAAAUCGCUUAGUUCGAAGUUACAAAAGGAGUUUCAAUGGUUUUGCUGCCAUACUCAAUGAUCAAGAAAGGGAAAAACUUGUCCGAAUGAGAGGUGUGGUCUCAGUUUUUCCAAACCAAGACUUUCACGUUCAAACCACAAGGUCGUGGGACUUCGUUGGACUUCCUCACUCAUUUAAAAGAUAUCAAACUAUUGAGAGUGAUUUGGUGAUUGGAGUCAUUGAUAGUGGAAUAUGGCCAGAAUCUAAAAGUUUCAAUGAUAAAGGUCUUGGUCAAAUCCCAAUAAAGUGGAGGGGAGUUUGUGCAGGUGGUAGUGACUUCAAUUGUAACAAGAAGAUCAUCGGAGCACGAUUUUACGGCAUUGGAGAUGUGAGUGCAAGAGAUGAAUUGGGUCAUGGAACCCAUACAUCAUCGAUAGUAGGUGGACGUGAGGUAAAAGGUGCGAGCUUUUAUGGUUAUGCAAAAGGCAUUGCAAGAGGUGGAGUUCCAUCUUCAAGGAUUGCUGCAUACAAAGUUUGCAAAGAAUCAGGUUUAUGUACUGGUGUUGGUAUACUUGCUGCAUUUGAUGAUGCCAUUGAUGAUGGAGUUGAUGUCAUUACUAUCUCUAUUUGUGUCCCUACUUUUUAUGAUUUUUUGAUUGACCCUAUUGCUAUUGGUUCUUUUCAUGCCAUGGAGAAAGGAAUACUCACAGUGCAGGGUGUAGGAAAUUCUGGCCCUAGACCAAGUACUGUUUGUAGUGUAUCACCUUGGUUAUUUAGUGUUGCUGGAACUACCAUAGAUCGACAAUUCAUUGCUAAGCUCAUUCUUGGAAAUGGAAAGACGUAUAUUGGUAAGUCAAUCAAUAUAACACCUUCAAAUGGCACCAAAUUUCCAAUAGUUGUGUGUAACGCUAAAGCUUGCUCAGAUGAUGAUGAUGGAAUUACAUUUUCCCCAGAAAAGUGUAAUUCUAAAGACAAAAAGAGGGUGACAGGUAAACUUGUUUUAUGUGGAUCGCGAUCAGGUCAAAAAUUGGCUUCGGUGAGUAGUGCAAUUGGUUCAAUCCUUAAUGUUUCAUACCUUGGUUUUGAAACUGCAUUUGUCACUAAGAAGCCUACACUUACCCUGGAAUCAAAAAACUUUGUUCGAGUUCAACAUUACACAAAUUCCACCAAAGACCCUAUCGCUGAGCUCUUAAAGAGUGAGAUAUUCCAUGACAUCAAAGCUCCUAAAGUUGUCACUUUCUCUUCACGUGGCCCAAAUCGUUAUGUUCCAGAAAUUAUGAAACCAGAUAUAAGUGCCCCAGGAACGGAAAUCUUGGCUGCAUAUUCACCUUUAGCAUCACCCUCAUCCGAUAUAAAUGAUAAGAGAAAGUUUAAAUACAACAUAUUAUCUGGAACCUCUAUGGCAUGCCCUCAUGCCGCUGGAGUUGCUGCAUAUGUGAAAUCAUUUCAUCCAGAUUGGUCACCUGCAGCUAUAAAAUCCGCUAUCAUGACAACUGCUACAACAAUGAAAGGUACUUAUGAUGAUUUGGCUGGUGAAUUUGCUUAUGGAUCUGGUAAUAUCAAUCCACAACAAGCCCUUCACCCUGGACUUGUUUAUGACAUCACUAAGCAAGAUUAUGUGAAAAUGCUUUGUAAUUAUGGUUAUGGUGCUGACAAAAUUAAACAGAUUAGUGGAGAUAAUUCAAGUUGCCAUGGAUAUCCUGAAAGAUCAUUGGUGAAAGAUAUAAACUAUCCUGCAAUGGUUAUUCCUGUACAUAAGCAUUUCAAUGUAAAGGUUCAUAGAACAGUCACAAAUGUUGGCUUUCCUAACUCAACCUACAAAGCUACUCUCAGCCAUCAUGAUCCAAAAAUCAAGAUUAGUGUGGAACCAAAAUUUCUGUCUUUCAAAUCAUUAUAUGAGAAACAAUCAUUUGUUAUUGUUGUUGUUGGAAGAGUAAAAUCAAAUCAAACUGUGUUUUCCUCAUCACUUGUUUGGUCAGAUGGAAUCCACAAUGUUAGGAGUCCCAUCAUUGUUCAAAUAUUAUCUCUAUAGUCAAACAUGUUAUUGUCAUGGAAAACUAAAUAAAUGACUAUUUAGUCUUGUAUUAUAAUUC